GGGAGACUGAUGCAGUGACAUUUGGUUAUUUACGAGAAAGCUAAGGGCAUUUCGAAGCACGCUUCCUAUUUAUAACUGCUUUGCCUAGUCGCAGCUCGUGCAGUUUCAAUCACGUUAGCAGAAGAGAAGGAAAGGCGAGAGAAAUGGGAUUGAAGGAAGAGUUUGAAGAGUAUGCCGUGAAAGCUAAGACUCUCCCGGAAACAACCACGAACGAAAAUAAACUCAUUCUCUAUGGGCUUUACAAGCAAGCAACUAUUGGACCAGUGAACACCAGCCGACCGGGAAUGCUCAGUCCGAUGGAUAGAGCCAAGUGGGAUGCGUGGAAGGCCGUUGAGGGAAAAUCGAAGGAGGAAGCAAUGGGUGACUACAUUACCAAGGUUAAACAGCUGCAAGAGGAAGCUGCCAGCGCUUGAUUUGCCUUUCAUUUAAUUUAGAAAAUGGUUGUUUCCUUCUUUUCUUUUAUGUAAUUGGACCAAACACAGUAUUAGUUCCUACUACCAAUACUUAGCUUCGCUUCAAUUGCUGUUCUAUUAAUAUCAACCAAAUGCUUCAA